AAACCUGCUCCCCGUGUGAAAGUGGUUUCUUUUCGCUCUUGACACUCGCGCGGACCGUCGUCCUCCACCGCUCGUGGGCUGUCACUGGGAUUUUAAACUGGUACACGCGACCAUCAACGGGACAAGUAACAUUUACGACAGAAAACUCGCUGAGAAUAAACGUCCCUCGAAGAAAUAAGAAUACCAGAAUAAUUUACCUUUUCUGCAGGUGCAGUUUUUAUCUUUGAGCUGACGGAUCGCGGAGAGAGUCUGCAUUUCUACAGAUGCAGUCAGUGGACUGGACUGGGGCCAGAGCCUGAGGCAGCCAGAACCUGAGGCAGCCAGAACCUGAGUGCCUCUAGUUACAUUGACAAGACAUUCUAGUAGAAGUCAGAGGCCAGGAGAGGUAAACUAUGACCAGGUGGAUUGUAUUACUUUGUGUUUGUCUGUCCGUCACCUCGGCAACAUUCAACCACGAUCAGCAAAUCAGCAGCUAUGAGGAGCACUCCUUUCUGGACCCUGAGGACACACUGAGUGUGAUCGUCCCACUGGAGCUGCCACAGCGCCCUCUACUGGGCAGCACCUUGGUACUACCCUGUUACUUCCAGGACCACACCGUCCACGAUCCCGGCGCCCCCACCAUUGCCCCCCUGUCCCACCGCAUCAAAUGGAGCCGCAUCACCAAGGAGCGUGUCUCUGUCAUCCUGGUGGCCAUGGACGGAGAGGUCAAGGUGGAGGAGGACUAUCUGGACCGGGUCCACCUGGUGGGCUACCCCCAGACCCCCACUGACGCCAGCAUCAAGAUCACAGAGUUGAGGUCCAACGACACCGGCACCUACCGAUGUGAGGUCCAGCACGGCAUCGAGGACAACCAUGACACUGUGGACGUCCUGGUUCAAGGUAUCGUGUUUCACUACCGGGCCAUCACGACACGCUACACUCUGACCUUUGAGAAGGCCAAGGCAGCCUGUAUCCAGAACAGUGCUGUGAUCGCGACCCCAGAGCAGCUCCAGGCCGCGUACGAUGACGGCUUCCACCAGUGUGACGCCGGCUGGCUCUCUGACCAGACUGUCAGGUACCCAAUCCAUGAUCCACGUGAGAAUUGCUAUGGCGACAAAGACGAGUUCCCCGGGGUGCGAACCUACGGAGUGAGAGAUGUCAACGAGACUUACGACGUGUACUGUUUUGCCGAGAAGAUGACAGGCAGUGUGUUCUACUCUGGCUCUGUGGCUAAGUUCACCUACUCUGAGGCUGAGGAACAGUGUAGUAAGCAGGGGGCCCUGUUGGCCACCACAGGACAGCUGUACCUGGCCUGGCAGGCUGGUCUGGAUGUGUGCAAUGCAGGCUGGCUGGGAGACAGGAGCGUCCGCUACCCCAUCAACGUCCGGAGGCCGCAGUGCGGAGGGGGUCUGCUGGGGGUACGAACCGUGUACCUCCACGUCAACCAGACGGGGUACCCCCUCCCCGAAUCCCGCUAUGAUGCCUACUGCUACACAGAAACGGACGAGGAGGGUUCAGGCAUGGCGGUGCCCACCGAGGCGGGCAGCAGCGUCCUGAGCAUUGCCACGGUGACCCAGGGUCCUCCCGAGGUGUUCUUCGGGAAGAUGACCACAGAGAGCGAGGCGCUGGGCGAGGACCUGGCCACCCAGAAACCCACUAGCGUGGACUUCACCUUCGGCAUUGAGUUGCCCCUGCCACAGCCGCCCAGUGUCACUGAGCUGCCCUUACCACAGCCACCCAGUGUCACCGAGCUUCCACUCCCACAGCCGCCCAGUGUCACCGAGCUUCCACUCCCACAGCCGCCCAGUGUCACCGAGCUUCCACUCCCACAGCCGCCCAGUGUCACCGAGCUUCCACUCCCACAGCCGCCCAGUGUCACCGAGCUUCCACUCCCACAGCCGCCCAGUGUCACCGAGCUUCCACUCCCACAGCCGCCCAGUGUCACCGAGCUUCCACUCCCACAGCCGCCCAGUGUGACAGAGUUGGUUGUGGAUGUGGUGGGGAGAGUAACGGCCAGGCCGGAUGUGGGGAGUGAGAUCAGCGAAGUGAGCGCAUCAGAAUAUUUAUUUUCUGCUACAGGUGUGGUGUUCCACUACCGUGCUGGGCCUAGCCGCUACGCCUUCACCUUCGUGGAGGCCCAGCUGGCCUGUCAGAGUGUUGGAGCCUCCAUCGCCACCCCAGAGCAGCUCCAGGCUGCCUACGAGGCCGGCUACCACCAGUGUGAUGCAGGCUGGCUUCUGGAUCAGACCGUCAGGUAUCCCAUCGUGUCUCCUCUGGAAAAGUGCUCUGGGGAUCUGGAGACUUUACCAGGAGUGAGGUCCUAUGGACUGAGGCCCGCUGACGAACACUACGAUGUGUACUGCUACGUGGACAGACUCAGGGGUGAUGUGUUCCAUGCUGGCUCCAGUGAGGGCUUCACCUAUGACGGUGCUCUGGCUCACUGUCAGGAGCUGAACGCUACCCUGGCCUCUACUGGGCAGCUCUACACCGCCUGGAGACAAGGCCUGGAUAAGUGCCGCGCAGGUUGGCUAAUCGACCGGAGUGUCCGGUACCCCAUCACCAACCCCCGUGCGGCGUGUGGUGCAGGGAAGGCAGGGGUGUACACAGUAUACACCCACAACAACCAGACAGGAUACCCAGACCUGUAUUCCAGAUAUGACGCCUACUGCUUCAAAGUGGACAUCUUGCUUCUCGCCAAUGAAACUGGAUUGAACAUCACAGAGAUAGAAGAGGCUUUGGUUAACCUCACAUCCAUCACUGAUUUGCUGAGGCCUGUCCUGCCUUCCAUCACUCCUCCCAUCUCUGUGGAGUCCUCAGGCUCUGGUUCCGGGGCCUCUGGCGCGAGUGGAUCCUCCGGAGAUCUCUCUGGUGAUCACUCUGGUGAUCUGCCUCAUUCCGGGGAUCUGUCCGGGUCAGGUGAUCUUUCAGGCAGUGGAAGCACAGAGAUUCCCAGCGGAUCGUCUGGUCUGAGUAGUGAAGAUGCGUCCGGCUCGGGGCUGAGUGGAGACGGAUCGGGAAUAACGGUCACCUUCUCUUCAGGGAGUAGCAACGUUUUAUCUGGUUUGGGCUCUGGGGGUCCUCAGGAGGCUGGAGAGGGAAUCACUGGGAUCCUCACCUUCCCCUCAGAAAUGGGAUUGGGAAUGUUCAGUGGCAGUGGGUUCCUGUCGGGUUCGGGAAGUGGCUCCGGUGUCAGUUCUGAGGAGAGCGGCUCUUCGUCUGACAGCUCCAGCAGCUCUGGUGAAAGUGGGGAUUUGUCUGGAAUGUCGUCCGGCUCCAGCUCUAGUUCCAGUGAGGAGUUUUCCGGAUUUCCCUCAGGAUUCUUUCCCUCAGGAGGCUCCAGUGGUCAUUCGGGAGAGGAGUCGGGAACCGGAGACACUCAGGUCCUGCUGAUCGAUGGGAAACUGAUGGAGGUUUCCACCUCUCACACACACAAAGAGAAGGAGCUGGGUGGAGGGGGCCUGGAAUUCAGCGGCUCCGGAUCUGGCAGCAGCGGCUCAGGGUUCUUCCCGGAUGUGACCUUCUUGGGGUCAGGGUUUACCGACCUCACGGGGUCAGCCUCAGGGGAACAGGAGGCCUCGGGGUCUCUCCACUACGGCUCCGGAAGCGGUGAUAUCAGCGGUUCGGCCUCGGGAAGCAGCGGCUCAGGGUUCUUCCCGGGUGUGACCUUCUUGGGGUCAGGGUUUACUGACCUCACGGGGUCAGCCUCAGGGGAACAGGAGGCCUCGGGGUCUCUCCACUACGGCUCCGGAAGCGGUGAUAUCAGCGGUUCGGCCUCGGGAAGCAGCGGCUCAGGGUACUUCCCGGGUGUGACCUUCUUGGGGUCAGGGUUUACCGACCUCACGGGGUCAGCCUCAGGGGAACAGGAGGCCUCGGGGUCUCUCCACUACGGCUCUGGAAGCGGUGAUAUCAGCGGUUCGGCCUCGGGCAGCAGCGGCUCAGGGUUCUUCCCGAGUGUGACCUUCUUGGGGUCAGGGUUUACCGACCUCACGGGGUCAGCCUCAGGGGAACAGGAGGCCUCGGGGUCUCUCCACUACGGCUCCGGAAGUGGUGAUAUCAGCGGUUCGGCCUCGGGCAGCAGCGGCUCAGGGUUCUUCCCGGGUGUGACCUUCUUGGGGUCAGGGUUUACUGACCUCACGGGGUCAGCCUCAGGGGAACAGGAGGCCUCGGGGACUCUCCACUACGACUCCGGAGUGGGAAGAGGCGGAUACACAUCAGGGUUCGGAACGUCGGGCCUCCCAUCCGGAGACAUGUCUGGAAUCUCCAGAUCCUCCACCAGCGAUGAGGAGGACAGCGCUGUCACCUUCCUGACUAAUGACUUCAUGACAGAGGUUUCCAAGGCAACCACGGUUUCCAUGGAGCUGGGGGCUGGGCCAGUGCAGUUCAGUGGGCAGGGAAGCGGGUCCCACACAGGGAGUGGUGCUGACCACCCAAACCAGGCCAGCGGUGUCUCAUCUGGGGCACACUCUGGAGAUCUGCUCCCUGUGGUGCUGUCCUCUCCGCCCAGCAAUAGGGAGCUUAUGGAGGGCACAGAGGGGCCAGAGGAGGCCAUGGCUGGCGGGGCUGAGCUGGGGGAGACCACCAGCGAGUUUUACGUGACCUUUGCCCCCGACCUUGCUCCCGCCGGAUUGGCUGCCCCAGCCAUCUCCUUGCAGACCCCUGACGUCAUGGAGGAGCCAUCCUCAGAGGAGGGUAUCCCUAACCCAUGUGACCCUAACCCGUGUGGUGCUGGGUCAUGCUCAGUGGAGGAUGGUGUUGGGCUGUGCCAGUGUCCGCCCGGGAAAGUGGGAGAAGGGUGCCAGUAUGAGGUUGAUGUGUGCCAUUCCAACCCUUGUGCCAAUGGAGCCACCUGUGUGGAAAAUGCAGACUCUUACAAAUGCUUAUGCCUGCCCAGCUACGGAGGGGACCUCUGCGAGAUUGACGAGCAGGAUUGUGAGGAGGGGUGGACUAAGUUCCAGGGCAACUGUUACCUGCACUUCCCCGAGAGAGAGACCUGGCUGGACGCCGAGCAGCGCUGCCGAGACCUCAGCGCUCACCUGGUCAGCAUCAUCACCCCAGAGGAACAGCACUUUGUCAACUCCAACGGCCAGGACUACCAGUGGAUUGGGCUCAAUGACAAGACAGUGGAGAAUGACUUCCGCUGGAUAGACGGCACACCACUGCAAUUUGAGAACUGGCGGCCGAACCAGCCGGAUAACUACUUUAACUCUGGAGAAGACUGUGUGGUGAUGAUCUGGCACGAGAACGGCCAAUGGAACGACGUUCCCUGCAACUACCACCUGCCCUUCACCUGCAAGACUGGCCCAGUCUACUGUGGCGCACCGCCAAAGGUGGAGAAUGCCAAGAUGUUUGGCAGCAGGCGGGAGCAGUAUACUGUUGGGUCCAUCAUCCGCUACCAGUGUAACCCAGGCCUCCUACAGCGCCACCUGCCUGUGGUGCGCUGCAUGGCAGACGGACAGUGGGAGAAGCCACAGGUGGAAUGCAUGGGCGCAGGGCCCUCCCCCAGUAACAGAAUACAGCGCAGAUCGAUCAGAAGGAGAAUCAACCAGCAGCAAACAUCACUAAGCAGGGAAGAUUAAGGGAGAUCUCUUGAAGAUAAUUAUUUUAUAAGAACAUUUACAGAACACAGAAGGCAUUUUCUAACUUACUAAAGAGGUUUGAAUGUUUGAAGUACCCACCUUGUACAUAAGACCAAAUCAACUUCGAGCAGUAACAUUGUCUUUUCAGUUUGUCACUCUCUGACUAUUUUUAAAAAGUUUAAAUUAAGCCUUUAUGUAAUUGUAUGUUCUUGUCAUUCUUGUCCCAGAAUAACGACAUGUUUUCAUUAUAUAUAAGAGUUGUUUAUUGUUUGGAGUUUUAUUGUUAUUAUUAUUAUUAAUAUAAUUUUUUGUUUUGGUGGAUUGGGAUGCUGUCGAUAAGGUGUGAGUUGUUGCUAAAAUCCUUUGUCCAUGUCGCCAACUAGACUGGAUUAUAGAGACACGGUGUAGGGUGAAGUUUCUGCUAGACACUGAUCUUGGGUCAGUUUUGCUUUUCCUCCACUAAUGGUUAAGAUUAGGGUUGGUGGAGGGGAAGCUGAUCCUAACUCUGUACCUAGGGGAAACUUCACCCCGGAGCAUGUACUCACAGACAGUGUGUGUUAGACUGUACCACCCAGAGGUAAACACCCAAUCUGGACCAGCCGGUAUUUAGUGGGGGUUUGGCAUGUUGCUAUGAGCCAAGCAGAGGCUUGGUGAAAUUCACCCAUGAGGAGAUACUAGACAAUCAGAAGUAUGUGUGUAUUCUGGAGGUGCCUACGUAAUAUACACUCACUAUGGGAGAUGGAUAUAGGUCUAAUAAUCCAUGAAGGACUGUGAAUUUGAUAGAAAAAGUCUAUUGAGUUACUUUGUGCGCUGUUAGCCUAGCGCUGUUAGCCUAGCGCUGUUAGCCUAGCAAUGUUAGCCUAGCCAUGUCCGGUUGUAGCAAUGAUGAGCAAGAUGAAGUAAAGGGGAUGAGAUCUUGUGCAUGUAUCCACCAAACAGGCAUUUAUGAGUCACCAAAUUGUCACCUAUCUUGAAAAUUGUAGAUGCUAAAGGGGAAAACAAUAUCUAUAUUUGUCAGAUGUCUUCAUACAUCAAAAGUGGUGUUGUGUCAAACCGAGAAAUCUUUUACGCUUCAAUUGCAAAUAUCAACACUUUUGAGGAAUAAAAAUGUCUGGCGAGUUUUGAUUUUGGGGUGAACGAUCGCUUUCACCUUUUACUGCAGUGGGCUAAAUCAGGGUCACAUAAAUCUACUUUGAAACUAAAGUAUACACCUCACACACAUGGUUAUGGGAUAAAGAAAGAAGACACCUGUACCAUGUCAGGUAUACAGUUGAAAUGUAUUAAAUGUUGAGUUUGCAUCCCAAUAUUACACUUUAUAUACAUCACAGAAAACUGAAAUAUAACAAAACCGUUUGACAUAGAAAAAACUGAUUUGUUCAAAAUAAUGCUUAUUAAUUAUGAAAUUAUGAAAAAUAUGAAUAACAUUCCAGCCAUGAGGCCACUAGGUCAUUUGACUGCAGGAAAGGGCUACGGGAGGGGAUACUAAGGGAGAUAUUAUUUAUUUAAUCUCUAAGUCAUAAAGAGAAAGCUAGCGAAGCCGACACAGCAGGCUACUGUGUUCGUCUGUAUUUCAAACCUACACCAGUUGUUUAGAGCAGAAGGGAGACAGAGUGCCUGAUGUGAAUAAUACACAGCAAUGCUAGAAUCUCUGCCUGCCACACUGGAGAGGCAACAUCAUGCAAUCUACUGAGGCUGUCCUAAAAUAAGAGAGAGGACUCAACUUCUCUCUCAGGUUCAGUAGUGACACGGUAGAAUAAAAAAACAACAGGGUUGGGGUCAAUUCCAUUUCAAUUUCAGUCAGUUAAUUCAUUGAAUUCAUUGAAAUUCACUGUAUUUAUUUCCUGAGGGGAUUGGAAUUGAAUCGGAAUCGACCCCUUGGUUUGUCAACAAUAUUGUUGGCCUAAGCAGGACCAAACGGAUGAAUGUCAUUGGUCGGUUUGACACUUUCGUUGUCUCACACAAGGCUGUGCAGUGCAUAGCAACUCCUUGGGACCAGUUUUAACAACUGCAGUAGCUUUCAGAUCAAAUGUUUCUCUUCAUUGUCUGUUUUGUUUCACAAAAAAACCUCAGCGGACACAUUUAUUUAAACUCCAGAUCCAUCGGCAUUUUAAUCUCUUGUAGUCCUUCAGUUUUGUAUUGUAUGCAUAACCUGCUGUUAUAUCUGAUGAAGAUAUAGAUGCUUCAUUCAUUGUUUAUGUUUACAGGAGGCUGUGCCUCCUCCUUCAACACACCGUCAUAUGUCUUGCUGGCCAAAAGCUUCACCUGCAAUCAUAAACCAUAUACCAAUCAAAGAGAUGACUGAGAGGUUCCACAAAGAACAGGCUUAAAGCAAUUCUCUACCUGGAACUUCUGAUGACAGAAGAGUGUAAUUUAAAGUUACACACACCAUUGCUUUUUACUGUACCCCUACAGGGCUGAAAGUAUUAAGAGCUUUUAGAAGAUAAUAACACAAUGCCAGGUCUAGUGUAUAAAAUCAAAUGAACUUAAAUGCCUCCUGUCAUUGCUGAGGGAUGAUUGUCUCCAAAGCAGCUGAAGCAACUUGACAAAGGGGUGUAGAGCAGUGUUUAGCAACCUUUUACUACCAGUGAUUGGCAAACUACGACACCCUUGACAACUAACUUCCUGAGGGACCUGUCAGCAACGUCCCAGGGAAAGGUGCCGGUCCACGGACCAGAGGUUGAGAAACACUGGUGUAGAGCACUCCUGCAACUCCCCCGACCCUGCCAUCUGUUUAGGGUUGUGUACUGUAGGCACAAAACAGGAGCAAAAUGUUCUGAAAUGGAGCACGGGAUCAGUUAACUGAACACUUCUCCUGUUUUCUUCUGUUUCCCACUAGGCACUAACUGAUUGAAUCAACGUUGUUUCCAUGUCAUUUUAACAGCAAAGAUCUAUGUGAUGACAUUGAAUCAACGUGGAAAACUGAUUGGGUUUGCAAAUAGUGAUUUAACGUAAAGGAUUUCGGGUAUAAUUGUCUUUUUUUCACCUAACUUUUUUCCUAAAUCCAAUGAGAUGGUUAGCAUGUUUGUUCAUUUUACUUUGAGUUCACGUUAGUUGACAGUCAAAACUAGAUGUUGAACUGACGUCUGUGUCCAGUGGGUUGUGUGAGAGCGACUGACCCUGUGCAUGAACAGGCCCAAUAAACCACACACUGAGAACAUCAUGAGUAGCAAGAGGUGUAGAGGCUCUAGUCUUAUGGAGCUCUACAGAAUGUACCCAAAUGUGCCUGAAAUCAACUGUUUGUCUUCCAAUGUCUGUAUUCAACAUUUGCUCCAAAACAUAUCAUCAGAUGCCAAAUAAAGAUACUUUACUUGA